AUGAGUGCCCGGUUGAAAGUUGUGUAUGAUGGGAUGCAUUACAUGAUCGUGUAUAAGUCCGCGGGUGUGCUGUCGCAGCCCGGGUUGGCGAGUGACUCCCGGCCAGUUUUGAUGUCUGAGUUGCGUGGACUGCUAAGUGAGACUUUGGACUUGUACAGUGUACAGAGACUAGACGCUUGUGUCACUGGCGGGACUGUGGUUGCAAAGAACAAGCGCGCGGCUAUGAUGUUCAGCCGGUAUCUGAAACAAGGAGGAGGGUCUGGGUACGGGCUUACGCGGAGAUACUUGGCCAGGAUCAAUGCGCAGCCAGUUUGCGAUGAAGGUACUAUUGAAUCACCUGGAAUGGUGACUUACUACAGGCGUGUUCGAGACGAUUGUGUGGUGGUGGAGUUAAAGACGGGUAAGAAGCAUCAGAUCCGCAAACACCUCGCCCUAAAUUUGAAUUGUCCCAUCGUCAAUGAUACAUACUACGGUGGCAGUGUAGUGAAGGGUGUCAAUGGUCAAAUAGCACUGCAUUCGGCUUUUGUGAGAACAAGAAUAGGUAAAAAUAUGCAGGAUCAUUUGGUCGGUAUAGAACCCCAGGAACAGACACUGUGGAAGUCGAUACUUACUGAGAAUGGCAUGCUCCCUGACGAUAUAGUGAGAACCCUCACCAGAGAUAAACUAUUCUGA